AUGGAAGUCCACACACCUAUAUCUACGCCCAGAAGUAAGAAUGUCCACUCUCCUCCUAGCGUUGGAAGUAUUUCUCCAGCGUCGACGAGAAAUUUCAAGAAAUUCUCGGGUAACGUUUUCACUCGAGUGAACUCUGGAAUUCGCAGCUUGAGCACGUCGAAUGCUUCUUCACCAGCUAACUAUCACCACACUUUUGAGGAGCGUCCACGCAUUGUACAAAGAAACUCUUCUAGAUUUGCACCUUGCGAAAAUAGAGAUUACGAAUUUGGCCCUUCUUCGCUUCCACAGGCAAAACCGGUUAUGAACAUCGGCAAAAGGCGUACUAAUGCGCCAGCCCCUUUGCACCUGAGUCCCAUCACGCCCCGUCCCACGCCUCGCAAAUCUCACAGUACCAGCACUAAAGUCGCACCCUGCUUGGCAUCACCCAUGGAUUUUAGAAGAUCAGAUUACUCCUCGUCAGACUGUGCUAGUUGGGUCACUGCAAGUUCCGUGGAUCCACGCAGAUGUCUCGAUUUCAGUGUACAAGCAUCUGCCAAGAGCCAUUGCACUAUCGACCAACCAAUAUUUAGAGACCCUUGGGGAGAUAUGUAUCCCGAGGUAGAAUCCCCGACAUGCGCUGCAGAACUUCGGAAAAAUGUCGCUCUACUCUCGGGAGGACCGAAGAAUUUUGCUGCAAGCAGCUGCAGCAUUUGCAGCGAAAGCUUUGCGUGUGCGUUAGACGGCGAGAAAUUGAUCGAACUGUCUUGCAACCACCAAUGCCAUUACAAUUGCUUUCUGGUAUCUUUAGAAGCCCUUCUUCCUGCGAACGCCUUCCCAAAAUGUUCGAUAUGUGGUGGCCACUCUAAACCCAAAAGGGAUGAUGUCGUUAGUGAGAUUACGACAAAAAUUCUGUGCGGAGGGUUCGCCUUUCCUGACACAGCCGACAGCGAAAGCUUUUUCACCGCAAGCAACGUGAAAGCUCAAGUUUUUAAUCAAUCCGAUGACACUGGGAAUCGCAAGAGUGGCCGAAAAUGCGAUCUUAGAACACCUUACGAUCAGGUCAUCAAAAGCGCCGAUAUAACCAUUGAUGGUUUCAAGAGUUACGGCGGUUACGACGCAUCGCCCGAAAAUCUACGUACUCCCUCAAGUCAAAACAGCUCUUUUCGAUCAAGAAGUAUUGCCUCUAAAGGCGAUGGGUUUGAACAUGACUUGGACCUCAGUAAACCUCGCAUUCAUUUAGUACCACAGCUGUCGAAGUUUAACAUAAAUGAGGAUGCCCCGGUUGCCAAAGUACAAUACGUCAUGACAGCGUAUCUGCCAAAAUGCAGCAGUGUUGCCGAGACCGCAAGUUUACUGAGAAAAAAGGAAGCACGUAUUCGCAACGAGAUACAGAAUCAUGUGGAAGGAAUGCUUCAGCUUUCGGUUUCAACUGGACCAUUACAAACAUUCGAUAAAAUGAGCUAUUCGGAAGACGAGGACACUUGGACGACUGUCACCGCUUUUAUGUUCCAAGAACGACUCGUGCUCGUAGCCGGCGAGAGUGUUAUUGGAAAUGUCAGCAGAGACCAGGUUUCACAGUUGCACCAAUUGGAUCCAAAUACAAUAAUAGUGAAUCUUAAGUGCAAGCUUCUGCCAGAAAUCUUCCUUCGAUGUGAUGACAGCGUUGGCGUCAUUCGUAAGUGGUUUUACUACCUUAAACACGUCUACUUGACAUCAGAAGAUCUAAGUUCUUCUGUUGUUCCACUUGAACAGUUAACGUGCAAUAAUUGGCAGAUUCUUCCUGAAUCAAUAACUCAGCCAAUACGUCCCAAAUCGGCGGAACUUGUUGACGAUACAGAAGUUGAGUCUCGCUCGAGUGUUUUUGCUCCACACGGCAGGCUACCAAUCAAAAUCGUUGUAUGCAUCAGUAUCAUAAAUUGUCACCCAGAGCUUCAUUCCAAUGAGGAACACCUUCUCACCUUAAAAUCAAAGUUAGUACAGUGCCUAAGUUGCCUUUCCAGACAGGAUUUGGUCGGACUUGUUGUCGUAGGCAGAGAUGGUCUUGGCAGGGUUGGGCCAUUCGGGACGUUCAUUGGCAUGGUCCAAAAAGACUGGGAUGGUCUUCUUGAAUUUGUCGAUGGUCUGGUGGUUCACAGUAACGACAAUUUUUUUGAAAAUGACGUUUCUGAACUAACAGUGAUGCUUGAAACAUGCCACAAGCUGAUCUGCACGAUAGAGCAAAGUCAGCACGACAUUCAGCAGCUUGUUAUAAUAGGAAAUGACUUUCCCGCGCGUGCGUUGGCUAAUAAAGAUGAUUCUCAAAUACGGAAGAUUAAAAACAAGCUUGAUUUCAUCGUUAAGGACUUACGAUUUUCAAUCCAUCAUCACUUCACAUGCAAUAGUCGAGUGCUGUUGAGCGAUUUGGUCGAAGGGCAUUUCUACAAUGUCAUAUCUACGGGCUCUGAAGCUCUCAAAGACUUCUCCAUUGGAGAUCUGAUAGCAGGACUUCAUGAAAGUUUUGUCAAGUCAUUUUCCGCGAGUCUACGUUGUGCGGAUAGUUCUGUGGCCCGGUUUUCUUCUGUCGAGCGCAACGGUCGAUUGAUCGAGUUAGUGCAAUCUGUCGAGGAAGUGGUUCUUGAAUUUGGAUGCCUUCGGCCCGGACAGGUUAAAAGUGUUUUACUGGAAAUUCAAAUUGAUGUUCCCCGUCUGCGACAGCGUCUUGAACAUUACGUUUUAUCACGCGAAGCAUCUUCUUCCCUCCUCCAAUAUUCCUCUCAGUGGUAUGAUCACUCUGGAUUAUUGACUCACCAAGGUUACUCUUUAGGAUGCGAUUUCAAGUUCAGCUCCUGUGGAACAACGGUCUCUUUGGCGUCUGCAGUGCAAGCCUCGUUGACUUCUCCUUUCCAGGAUCCUCAAGAGAGUGACAUAGAAACUUUGAACAUAUCUCUUGCGCCCCCAAUGUCGGCGUCCCGGGACAUGAUUUUUGCGUCACGUCAAAUGGAACUACUUAUCGCUGAAACACUCAUGAACGUGUUGGUUGAAGUAACUGUUGACGUGAGCUCUGUUUUAAAUCAGCUCAUCUCCAUGGUAUUCUGCAUCAGCCGUGACUGUGUCUGCAAUGAUCCUAGGUUUUAUCGGCUUGUCAAACUCGAGCCUCUCGGUCGUUAUGCCGAAAAGUUGAGCGCGCAGUUGUAUCACAUCACAAAGCUGUGCUCAAGUCAAAGCAGCGAAGACCAGGCUUUGUCAAGGUGGGAGAUGUGUGCAAUGCGCGGUCGGUUAAUCUGUCAAGAGAGGCUGUAA